GUGGGCUGUGAGAGAGAACAAGAGAAAUUGAUGCAUGGAUCUAUUCAAUGGUAAGAUUUGCUUUUUACUUUUCUUGCAUGUGAUUCCAGUCACGAGAUCGAUGCUUAUAUAAGCGCGCGCAUAUUAUCUUUGAUUAUAUGUAGGUCACCUUAUAGUUAUUUUAUUCUGCAAUAGGGAUGACCCCACAACAUUGGCAAGCCAUCAUUACCAAGAUACCGUAAAACGGUAUACUAUAAAUCUCAAAAAUGUGUAGAUCAUAUAAUUCGGAAUUAUAAUUAUUUGACCACAUUUGAUUUAAUUACAACACAUAUGCCUAUGGUUUUCCAUAUCUAUAUAAAUGUAUAUAUGUUCCAUUUCUUAAGCUAAAUUGUAUACAGAUAAUUUAUCUCAACAUGCUGCAAAUGAAUUCAACUACUAUACUUGAUACAAAUCAAUCAACUACUGAAACUAAUAAUGGUUUCAGUAGUAGUGGUACUACUAUUACAACUAAUACAUCUAUGGUCACUACUACGGCUGGUUCAAAACAAAAGAUUAAAAAGAAGUUAAGAUGGACGGCUGAAACAGUAGAUAACGAAAAUGCACAUAAGAAAUCUUCAAAAAUAUGUUGCAUCUACCAUCCCCAUGAAUCGGAGGAUAUGGAUAUUGAUAUGGAAGAAUUCGAUGAAAAUCACUAUUAUUAUUAUAAUGAUGAUGAUGAUAAUGAUGGAAUAUAUAAUGAUGAAUCUGACGAAUAUGAAUCUUCAAUAUACUCAUCAAAUAGUCAAAGUGAUUCAACAUCAAUUGAGAGUCAACCAAAUGCCUAUGAGUAUCAACCAUACUAUAAAAAUAAAUCUAAAGUAUCAAAUUCGAAGACUUUUAUUUAAUUGGUAAUAAUUUUUCAAAACUUUUUAACUAAGCUGCUCCACUGUUCUUGUAAGGUAAUUUUGGCUAUAUAUAUAUUUAAGUAUUAGUAUUUACUUAACGUAUCGCUUGCAUUAACAAUAACUACCUCUGUAUAUAAAGAGGCACCAGAGCCCCGUAAAAUCAUGAUUUAACUAAUUUCUACUAGAAGACGAUACAUCCAUUCAAUUGUACAUAUAUAUUAUUGUUUCAUAAUAUUAAAAACUUA